AUGGCUGGCACCUACACCGAGGUCGCCCAACAGGACGACGACAGAAAUGAUGGCGCAUCGCCCGUCUCGCUCUCGCCCGCUCUCUCGCCGUCGCCCAUGCCACUUCUUCAGGCUGUAAAGUCGACAUUUACUCCAAUUUCCAUGGACUGCGACGACUCAUAUCAACAACUCGACUCGGAAGACCAUAUUAUUGGAGAAUUUCCGCCAAACGACAACGACAGCGACCAACGGGCAGAUAAGACUUCUCAAACGGCCAUAGGGAACUCCGACGCCGUGGACUUGGCCCAAUCAGUAGGAGCUCGAGCUUCUGCACGAGCCACAGCACUCCAAUGCCCGACGCCUAACAACACUGAACCCGACCUUCACUCGGCGUCUUCAGGGGCUGUGGAUACAGCCUCAUCCGGCCGCUCCAGCCCCAUUUCCAAUUUGGUCAAUACGAGGUCACAUGUUAGUCAGGGAACAAACGCUGCGAGUCCGACUGCCGUGCAUCGCAUUUCAAGUAGCAGUAGCAGUAAUAGCCCAAAGGCCACGAUUGGUCAUCUUGCCGAUUUGGGCUGCACCUCGUCAGCCAAAUCCUCUACAUCUGUCGAGGACAACAAUGACAUUUUGCAACAGCAGCACUCGCAGCAACAGCAGUCGCCUUUGCUCGUCAAACCAAAACCCCUAAUUCGCACCGCAUCCACCAAGGGCGUCAAAAUCAUUCACCCGUCGCCUACUGUGAGAAGUCGCUCCAGCUCGCACGCGAGCAACAUUGCCCAGCUUGAGGCGACUGCCGAAAAGUUGUCCAGGACUUCGUCUAUUGAGAGCGCCAUUCGAGACUUGCACGAGGAACAAAAGCGCAGCGAUAGCCGCAGAUCUUCCAUUUUACAAGCCAGCGCAGGGUUUGGUCCAGACUACAAGGAACCCUUUCCGUUUACGAGACAGGUAUCGGUCGCAAGCUCGAUUCUUGAUACGAACAACGCAGCUCGCCACGGUGGCUAUUCUCCCGCGGGAUAUGUCAUGUCCCCCAACCACUCGCUACUUUCAAAUCACUCCCGUCUCCGAUCUGCAUCUCACCCUCAUUCCGAAGCCGACUCGAGCGACUUGCUGACACGCCACGGCCCUGGCAAGAGCUCAACACGAAGCGCAAAGUCAACAAAGCCUUCACUCACAGAUAUUGCUGAGAUGGAGCCAACAGGUCUGACCUUGGCUGCGAUGGAUGAGGCCGACCGCCUGCAGGAGCACCCCGAAGAGCAUCAUUCAUCGCACAUGCCGCCCAUGGACGAUGUCGACCUUACUCCCGGUGCUGCAUCCCAUAACGGUCCGGGCGCAACAGACUACUGGGGCAAUUCACAUGCUGGGGGUCAGGUGGAACAGGGCCGGCAUGACGAACGCCCAAGAUCCCGAGCCGAAUCAGUGGGCACCAUCGAUCAAGCAAAGGAUGCAUUUGCCGACUUUGACGGGGCCCACUGCUCACCGGAGGCCGACGAGGAUCCAUUCCAAGCACCGUUCAACUUGGAUCUGUCACUCCAAAUGCCUAUUGAUCAACCACGCGAACCCGGUAGGCCCAUUAUAUCAGCACCAAUGAACCCAACCGUCAGACCAAAAUCAUAUCUAGACCCCAUGACAGGACAACAGAUGAUGUUCUACCCGGCACGGGUUCCCAUGAUGCUUAACCUACCGCAGAAAUUAUCCAAAAAUCCAAAGGCGGCCGUCAGAAACCAGCGGAGGUCGCAAGUCUUGAGCAUGAUGCCCGAAGCAACCCGGCAGUCUGCGGCUUGGCUUCCGGAGGUUGUCCCGGAGCCAAUGUUCGACCCCCUGGGCCCUGGUUCUGGCUCCAACUCGGAAAUACCAACGCCACUUGUGGAGGCUGAACCGGCUCCUGAGGCAGAAGGUCCCUUACUAUCUGCGGAGGACGACAGUGCACCACAGGCUCGUCCCAAUCUACGAUCCGUCGACAGUGAGGCUAGGAAAUCACGCCUGUCAGUGAUGGACCCUUCAGAUAAACGCAAAUCGCGAAUGUCUUACACCAUCGACAAUCUCCCACCGCAGCUUCGAGCUAGUGCUUUCUUUGAUAUGCCAUCUGAAUCACCUAAUAUUGAGCUCAAGGAUGGAUCGGCCAUGGCUACUCUUGACAGUAUCCUGGACGCGUCCGCAAAGGCCCCAGUUUCAGCUUUUACGGAUCAUUCAUUUGCGGGUAAACUUGGAGAUGAGACAUAUGGCGUUGAGAAACGUAAAUCUCAUGUUAAGCGAAACAGCACGGCCGAUGCGUUGGAAGUUAAGAAGCGACGUUCCAUCUUUCACUUGCGCGCCCCGAGCAAGAUUAGCAUUAGAAGUUCCUCCAAGGAAGAGAAGCAAAGCAACAUGUCAAGUCCUGGACUGGGUAUCAAGAACGGCAGCGAAUCUGGCGACGAUGAGCAUAACAAACUAGCGUCUGAUGCCGAGGAUGGCGAGGAUGUGAGCGACAAUGAAGAGGAUAGCGACAUUGAUCCUGUCAGUCACGGCCCACCAACCACCCUCCUAGCUGAGUUGCAGAUCCGCAAGCACCAACAAAAGAUGCGCACCAAGGCGCCUGGGCUGCUAUAUCCCAAUGGGAUGCAUUCUACUCUCCUCGAGAUUGACACUGUCGCGGAGAUGGAGCGUCAGAACCGCAAAGGCAAGAAAAUCAACCUUGCAUGGGAAGGAGCAAAUGAUGCAGCUGGCGAAUCAGACGAUGAGGAUGUCCCACUCGGACUUCUACCAGUUAAGCAAAAUGGUGCAUCGAAGAUGCAAGCCUUCCAGGCGGAGAUGAACCGACCGCUGGGACUCAUGGAGCAACGGAAUCUCGAUGACAAUGAACCGCUUAGUCACCGCCGCAACCGUCUCCAGGGUCGCCCUACCCUGGCAUCACGACAAUCGUUGAUGGCUUUGUCAGGUGGAGGCGCUCUGGGAAUGAGUGGUGGUCUUGGGCCGCCAAGCCCGGCCCUGAGAACACACACUCCGGAAGAGGACGAGCACGAGGGAGAGACGCUGGGAGAACGAAAACGUCGCCUUGCCGCUCAAGGCGACGCAGAAAACCCUCUUCCUCAGGCUCGCCCAGUGAGCGGAGCAUUUUCUGCCGAAUUGCUUGGUCAACUGGGAGAUACUUUCAAGGAAGAUGCCGUCUCGGACACCAAGGAAAAGGACAAGGCCGCUCCUGCUGAGGAAGAGGAAACACUUGGGCAACGCCGGCGACGUCUGCAAGCGGAACGUGAGGCACGAGAAAAGGAGAUGGGCGCUGGGGGUGGUCCACUUCAGAUCCCUGCCCCGCCUAUGAUCACCAAGCGCCACUCAAUGGCCGACGUCCUAGGCGCAACUCGUCGGACCGUUCUGACUGAUCCCAGGGCAGAUACCGAGCGGGCCAAACAAGAAGAGGCACAACGGUUCAGAAAGAGCCAAGACCUGAAGCUGGCUGGCUUCCGCGCGCAGAUUCCUGACAAUCUGAGCACUCCAAACCUCCAGCGCUCAGGUGGCUACAUGGCGGGGCAAUAUAACGACGGGACUGCGGGCGGACUCGGACGCACCAGACUCCAGCACAGCUCCAGUUUUCAAGCUCCAGGCGUGCAGCAACUGCCCAUGAAUAACGCCAUUGGCGGCAUUAUGGGUGGUAACAACGCAUACGGGAUGGGUAGUGUCGGCGGCUACAACGGUAUGCACAACAACGGCUAUGGUCAAAACGUCCUCGCCUACAAUGGCAUGCCACUGCAGCUGCCAAUGCCAAUGCAACAACCAGGGCAACAGUACGAUAGGGUUGACCGAUGGAGGCAGAGUAUCGUGCCUUGA